AGUAUGCCUGGUUUAAGGUUACAAUUAACAGCAAACCAAAUUUAUACACGAAUUUGACAUAUUUGAUCAACAUAGCGUUUGCAGAAGACAUUUUUAUGCUUCUUUUGUUGUUUUUGUUAUUUUGCUAUAUACUUUUUUCUUCUUCUGCUGCUCAUUAGACAGCUGUAAUUAAAGUUCAUCUUUUCAUGCCUUGUUCAUAGGAAAUUAUCAGACAUGUUUUCAACAGAAGUGACCUAGAGCAUAUUAUCUGUUUCCUUAAGACCAGAGCUUUUUGUUCAUUAAUGGACUGCUUUAUUCAAGUCAAAUUUAUCAAAUGUUUUUCAAAAAGGGAUAUUUCAUGAUUUUUUUUAUUUUAUAUCCUUAACCUGCUGAUGGAUCAUUUAAAAGGUCUGCAACCACAUCAAGGUACCACUAUAUUCUUAGAAGGUCAAUUGCUUUUGCUUUUCUGAUUUCCUAAUUGCACAUUACUAUCCUAAGCUUCUAUGUUGCACAAAGCAACUCGGUGGUUAUGGCCCAGCAAUAUUUCAUUCCUCCAGAAGAUGACAGGUGAUGGAAUAAGCAUCUCUUGUGGCUGAGCUGUACUGGGUUAGGGGGAAGGAGGAUUGGAUGGUCUUCUGCCAAGAGGCAGAAAAUAAAUGCUAAACUUGAAAAAACAAUCUGCCAUUUUCAACCAAUGGUUAGACGAAAAAAAAAAAAUAAUAAUUACAUAAAGUCGAAACUUGGUUGUUAUAAAAUCCUGUUACACAACCAGUUAUGAAAGGGUUCUCAGGGUAAGUUUAAUGACAGCUCCUUAUUGAUAAAUAGGACUAUAUCACUCAGGGUAUACAUUACUGUUUUUGUCUUAUAUUGGCCUGCUGGUCCAGCCAGGGGAUCAGAACCAGAGGACUCUGGGACGAAGGGGUGCGCUGUAAGCUGGCCCAGUUGCAACUAACUCCACUACGCUCUUUCCGUAGUUAUGAAACUUCCGAUCUCAGGUUUUGUAAUCGAGCCUUGUCGACCAAUCAGAGCUCGAGUCUGCUGUCCACGUGACGGUGUUUUUUUAUGUAACAAACGCGUGUCUAUGGGAAAGUCUGGUCCUCCACACUGCGAAGGACCGGGGCAGCUGUAGCAAUGAAUAGACACGUCAACAGAGGAAACCCUAAACACACUACAUAACGGUUUGGGGUUUUUUUGUCUUCAUUCUGACGCUACAAUGUCGCUCCAGUCGCAAGUGGAGGAGGCGCAGGAGGCCAGAAGCGCCUUCUUCAUCGGCGUCUCCGAGGAGGAGGAGGACCACCAUCUCCUCAUACUGCAGAGAGCCAACGCGCUGGCGUCGGAAAACUGCCUGAAGGAAGCCAUUGAUUUAUUCUCAGUGGCUCUGCGCUACGGUCCGGUUCAGCCCGAGCAGCUGAGCACCCUGGUGGACUGCAUCCUCCGCAACUUCAAGAGGAAAGCCGCCGCCGGGCCGGACGCGCUCUCCUCUCGGCGGCGGCGGCGGAGUCGGGACGCGCAGGAGAGCCGCGGCGGGGAGGACGUGUUUGACUGCCCGAGCUGUCGCAGCUUCCUGGGCGAGCCGGUGACUUUAGCCUGCGGACACUCGUACUGUAAAAGAUGUUUACAACGACAGCUGCUCUCCAAGUGCAAGCGGUGCAGCGGAGCCGUAGCAGGAGGAGGAGGACGAGGAGGAGGCUCGGAGCAGAAAGUGACCGUCAUCCUGUGCGCACUCCUGGAGAAAUGGUUCCCCGGCGAGCUGAAGAGGUCCAAGACGCUGUGCGAGGUGGACGAGCUGUGCAGGAGCAGACGCUACCACGAAGCGGUGUCGUUAGCGACCGAGGCCAUUCAGCGUGAUCCAGACACAACGGCCGUGGCCCGACUGUCUCGGGCGGAGGCAUACAUGGCUCUCAAACUCUACCAUUUGGCUCUGGAGGACACAGAGUUUGGUCCCUGGUCCAGCUGUUCUGGCGAAGCUUUGUUUAGGAAAGCUAUGGUGCUGCAGGAGAUGGGCCAGGUGGACGAGUCUCUCCAAGUCUUCCUCCACUGUCUGGCUGUAGACGAGGACUUCCCCGGUGCUAAGAGACAAGUGGAAAAGAUCCUGUGCGACUUGCUCUCCCCCGCUGAUGAGAAUGUCAAGGUCGGCCUGAGGGAAACGACACAGAACACGUCACCUCGCUUGCGUAAUAAAACCCUGGUGGCCGACGCCGAAGCUCAACCAUCGAGCCCGGUCCAAAGACAACACCAGGUCCGUGCCGCCUCAGCACACAACCAUCUGGAAAGCCUUGAGAAACGCUGGGAAAGCCUGGAGCGGCCUGGUCUUAGCAGAGCUCGUUCGCUACGGGCGCACGGCUCUAUUUGUGGCGAGGAGGGGCUGAAGAGAGUUUGCUCUGCCCCUCAGCUGGGGGACCAGGACAAGGGGAGCCUGCUGAAGAGGAAGCUGUCAGUGUCAGACGCAGAACACUGUGUUGUUGACAGUGGAAGUAACAAGCUUAAAAAACAAGGUGUGGCGAAAGGCUCCAAACAAAAGGCCGUCAAAGCUAAGACCUGCAGAAGAGUUCCUAAGGACCUGUUGGACCCCAGUGACUUGGAGUGCUCUCUCUGCAUGAGGUUGUUCUAUGAGCCUGUGACAACCCCAUGUGGCCACACCUUCUGUAAAAGCUGUUUGGAGCGCUGCUUGGAUCAUAUGCCCCAAUGUCCCCUCUGUAAAGAGAGCCUGAAAGAGUAUCUAGCAUGUAGGAAUUACGUGGUGACAACUGUCCUGGAAAUGCUGAUCAAACAGUAUUUGAGUCAGGAGUAUGCAGAGAGGACUAAAACUCACCUGGAGGAGACCAGAGAGCUUUCUGAUCUGAAGAAUGUGCCUAUCUUUGUGUGUACCAUGGCCUACCCCACCGUGCCUUGCCCCCUGCAUGUCUUCGAACCACGUUACCGCCUCAUGAUUCGCCGCUGCAUGGACACGGGCAUGCGGCAGUUUGGGAUGUGCAUUAAUGAUCCGCAGAAAGGGUUUGUAGAUCAUGGCUGCAUGCUGACAAUCAGGAGUGUCCAUUUCCUCCCUGACGGGCGAUCAGUAGUGGACACCAUCGGAGGAAAACGCUUCCGGGUCCUGUCCCGAGGAAUGAAGGAUGGCUACAGUAUCGCUGACAUUGAGCACUUGGGUGACACAAGGGUUGAGGGCAGUGAUGAGCUACAGAGACUACAAGAGCUGCAUGAUGCCGUGUAUGAGCAGGCCCGCGACUGGUUCCAGAACCUCAAGAUCCACUUCCACAACCAGAUCCUGCAGCACUUUGGACCAAUGCCAGAACGAGAAGCUGACAUCCAGGCGACUCCUAAUGGUCCGGCGUGCUGCUGGUGGCUGCUGGCCGUCCUGCCUAUCGACCCACGAUACCAGCUCUCUGUGCUCUCCAUGACCAGCCUCAAAGAACGCCUGGUGAAGAUCCACCACAUCCUCACGUAUCUGCAGAGCAUCCCCAACAACUAGAGCUUCCCAUUCUCAUCACCACAAACAUCCUUUGGAUUUAAAUGACAUUCAAGCAACCCUGUAUCAACAUCAACACCAACCAUCUGCCGUUUGAUCAUUCAACUCUUCAUAAACUAAAAAAAGCUUACACGAGAUAAAAGCAAAGUUGAAACAUCCUUGAACUGUGGAUCACUGAAACCAGAGAUGUGGUCAAACCACCUCAGGGAUAUUUCCACUGAUGCAUUAUUACUUUUUUGUGACUCAAACUAUUAAAGAAAUAAUAGAAAUAUGACAGCAGCUAUUCUCAUCCGCUAUCCUUCUUAAUGCUGUUCAUUUUCAUGAGGACAACCAUGAAUGAACUCGUUGAAAUGAGAAGAGCAGCUCCUAUUCCACUUGGUUGAUCUUUUGUUGAUACUGUUGAAUGUGACGACAGAGAGAAGUUUAUCUAACAAUCGACCUUCAGUGUACCUUCUUGAAGGACAGCACAUUCAGCGCUGAGGUGAAGAGAGUAUUAUAGUUUGUGUUAAAUCAUCUCUGUUGAGACCUUUUGAAAGGGAUGAGGGUUUUUUUUGUUUUGUUUUGGCUGCUGGCUCUAAGGUUUAUGUUAAUAUGGAGGAGGAGGUGAGGUGAUUCUGUGAAACUAAAUCCUAAAUGCUGAAAGUCCCCAAAAAAGUGAUUACAGGAUGUGGUUUAGAUGAACCAUAGAAAAGAGAUUUGUGCAAAACCAAGUGCAACUUAAGGCCGGCAUUCGUGUACCAAACACUCAUGAAAGUAUUAAUCUAUAUCUUCCGAGCAUCUUGUUCUUUCUAACUCACUUCUCCCACAUGCUUACCAUGCACAUCUUCCAUCGCUGCCUCUUGUUAGCGGCAGGGACUCGCCUGUUGAACGAAUGAGCCUAUCUUUGUUUCUUCCCAUCGUUUUCCACUUUGAGUUUCUUCCAAGUUGUCACGCAAACAUCAGCCAUUUUAUCCCCUCCUGACAUCAGGUCGGAGGAACGCUCACAUCACUGGAAUCUCAUCUAGAUUCUCAGCUUUUGAAAUGCUUUUCUUCCUCUCACAACUAACCUUAAGUCGCACACACUUCCAAAACGUUUGUUUUAUAUUGACCUUUGGAGAUGUCUGGUUGUCUGGUCAGGAUUAAGUGUUGAAGUGUUCAGUGGUUCUGUUCAUGUAUUAUUUCUCUCUCCUCUGAACCAAAAGAUUCAGCUACACAAUACAUAAAGUUCUAUUUAAUUAAUUUAUAAGUAAGAAUACUAUUUGUACAUUCUUCCCACAUGUUUGUAUGACAAAUGUUAUGGGGUCUUGCAAUAUUAUGACAAAUCAAAACAAGACAAAAACAGGUAUGAUUACAACUGAUGGGUAAACGUUAUUCUGUAUUCACAGCUGAUCCUUUUCUACUUGGAGGACAGAGGACUUUACUAGCAGUGCUUCAGUCAGGACUGCAUUUGCCUUACACCAUUUUGCAUUGUGAUUUAAAUGACACGAUACGUUGGCUUUAUUACCAUUCCUUUUUGCCAUAGUGAGAAGUAUGUUUUAAUUGUACUUUUGUUCUCUACGUUGGUUUAAGGCGCCAUUAGUUCACAAUGUGUAUAAAUAAAUCUUAAAGAAACACAAUUAAAGUCAAGUCUGUUAUAUUUAAAUCAUCUGUUAAAGUGCUCUUUGGACAGAUCUUGCUUUUUGGUCGGAUGUUUAAGUUAUCGAUUUUCAUUAAUAAAUGCACUUCUUUUUCCAAC